CAGCGGCACUCCUGAAGGCUGCAGCAGGACUCAGUACCAGCAGCCUUCUCACAGCUUCACAGCCUGGGUGCUCGCUGCAGAGGAUGAUGGAGCGAGCCAAUCACGUCAACAUUGCAAUGAUAGAAGACACUGGCACCAACGGGACGGCCAGGUCAAAGGCCGUCACAUCCAUGGAGCAGGUCAAGCAGCCGUGUGGAUCCACCGUGAGCUUCCACAACAUCCAGUACAAAGUGCAGCUAAAGAGCGGCUUCCUCUGCAAACGAAAAACCAGUCCCAGAGAAAUACUGGUGGACCUCAAUGGGAUUAUGAGACCUGGCCUGAACGCAAUUCUUGGACCAACUGGAAGUGGGAAAUCUUCAUUCUUGGAUAUUCUGGCUGCAAGGAAGGAUCCUUCAGGUCUCUCAGGAGAAGUUCUCAUCGACGGAGCACCACAGCCUCCGAACUUCAAGUGCCUCUCUGGUUAUGUGGUUCAGGAAGAUGUGGUCAUGGGCACCCUGACUGUGAGGGAGAAUCUGCGUUUCUCUGCAGCGCUGCGUCUGCCCGGCUCUGUGCCACAGAGUGAGAAAGAGGCUCGAGUCAAUCACCUCAUCAGAGAACUGGGACUCACCAAGGUGGCUGACUCCAAGGUGGGCACACAGAUGACCCGGGGAAUCUCUGGGGGAGAGAGGAAGAGGACUAACAUCGGUAUGGAGCUGAUUAUUGAUCCUUCAGUUCUCUUCCUGGAUGAACCGACCACAGGACUGGAUGCUAGCACAGCAAACUCUGUCCUGCUGCUGCUGAAAAGAAUGGCCAGUCAUGGAAGAACCAUAAUCAUGUCCAUCCACCAACCACGAUACUCCAUCUACAGACUGUUUGACACUCUCACCUUGUUGGUUAGUGGCAAGAUGGUGUACCAUGGACCAGCGCCGAAUGCUCUGGACUACUUCACCAACAUUGGAUACCCCUGUGAGCCCCACAACAACCCAGCUGACUUCUUUCUGGAUGUUAUUAAUGGAGACUUCACUGCUACAACCAUGACUAAAGUGCACAGCUCUGAAGAUUUGGACUUUGAGGAGCUCAGCAGCUCCAGGCAGAGCAUCGAGGAGCGUCUGAUAGAGGAGUACAAGAACAGCAGCUACUCCAGUGACACGCGGGCCGAGCUGGAACGCAUCGUUCAAGAUAAGGAGUGUAUCUCGCGUCCCAAAUCCCGCACUAUCACCUACAACAGCUCCUUCUUCCACCAGCUGCAUUGGGUGCUUAAGAGAACCUUUCAGAACCUGAUGUUGAACCCACAAACAUCCGUGGCCCAGCUGGGAGUCAACAUCUUCCUCGCUCUGAUUGUAGGAGCCAUUUUCUUCGGGGUCAAAGAUGAUCAAAGUGGCAUCCAGAACAGGAUGGGAGCCCUUUUCUUCAUCACCACCAACCAGUGUUUCAGCACUGUGUCUGCAGCUGAGCUCUUCAUCAUUGAGAGGAAACUGUUUGUGCACGAGUACAUCAGUGGCUACUACAGAGUGUCUGUCUACUUCCUCUCUAAGAUCUUGUCUGACAUCACUCUGCGCACCGUCACCUCUGUUAUCUUCAGCUGUAUUGUCUACUUCAUGAUCGGCUUGAAAUCCACAGUUGCAGCCUUUUUCAUCUUCACGCUGACAGUAACUCUUGUGGCCUACACAGCCACAGCCAUGACCAUGGCCAUCUCAGCUGACCAGACCGUUGUGGCUCUCGCCAACAUCUUCAUGACCAUCACCUUUGUCUUCAUGAUGAUUUUCUCAGGUCUCUUGGUGAACCUACCCAGCAUCAUGGACUGGCUGGCUUGGCUGAAGUACUUCAGUAUUCCUCGCUAUGGCCUAGCAGCCUUGAAGAUCAAUGAGUUUGUGGGUUUAAAGUUCUGCGAAGAGGCCGUUAUCCGAAACACCAACACGUCUGCGAUAAUGACCAACUGCAGUAUGAGCACAGUCGGUUUGACAUGUACAGGAGAACAGUACCUGGACUACCUGGGAAUACAGUACACCGCCUGGGGACUGUGGGAGAAUCAUGUGGCCUUGACUAUUAUGACAAUCAUAUUUCUUAUCAUCGCCUAUCUGAAGCUACGCUACAUUAAGAAGUUCACUUAAAAGGAUGAAUCUGCAUUUUUCUUUUUUUCUUUUUUUUGUCCUCAAAGAACCAGGCCAGUAAAUGUUCACCUAAUAUUUCAGCAUUAAUGGAAUAGUUUCACAUUUUGGGUAAGGUGAUUUGGUUGGCUUUCUUGCAGAGAUGAGAAAAUUCAUACCACUCUCAUGUCUGUACCUUAGGAGCUCCUGCUGGGAGGUGAUUAGCUUAGCUUAGCUUGGCUUAGUAUAAAGACUAGAAGCAGGUGGAAACGGCUAGCCAUGUUCUCUCCAAAGUUAAAACUAUAAUAAACACCUCUAAAGCUCAUGACUUAACACAUUAUUUCUAAUUUUUAAAUCUCUAUACAAACAGAAAUGUAAAAAACGAAGGCGUGGUUUUGAAGGCAGUUAUGUGCUGUAACUGUGUUUGUAGUUUGUCUGUUGAUAAAUUGUUGUUUUUCAAGAAAUAGUUGGACCACAGAAUUCCCCAUAAAAUCGCAAGUGGUGAUUUUUACAUUUCAUUUGAUUAGUGAGCUUUGUAAGUGCUGGAAGCCUUUUACUUUUCACUUUGAACUGAUUCUGUCUCCCCCUGCCUCCAGCCUUUAUGCUAAGCUAAGUUAACCACCUCCUUGCUCGGCUUGAUCUCCAGAAUGGUCAUUUGGGGGGUAACAGUAGCUAGCUGUAAACUAGCUGUAAACACAACAUUGACAUAUUCACCUCAUAAAGUUGAUAUGGCUACCAUGCUAGUAUACAGCUUCACACUGAGCAGACACAGGCAGGGCUGCAUUAGCAUUGAUUUGGAGUCGUGUUUGUACAAAUGUAAGUCUAUUCAGUCUCUGUUAGCUCUGUUUUGGUGUCCACAAACUCUUGAGGAAUUUAUCUUGCUCUUUAGCUGCUAAAUUCUCCACUAUUUUCACCAGCUAGUUACUAACUUUAUCUGUGUGUGGUUUGGUGCUGGCGAUAGUAGCAUACACUGAGUUUAUCAGAGCUUUUUCACUGAAAACAGCUGCAAACUGCCAGUCAGAGUGAUGACAGUAAAUACAAUCAGGAGAUGAGAGUGGUAUCAAUCUUCUCGGAAAGAAAGCAGACAAGCAUAUUUCCCAAGAUGUCAACCCAUUCCUCCAAAUGUGCCUCUAGUUUGCAUGUAAUUGGUUUCAGUUUGGGUAAAAUACAAACCUGAAUGUAAGCAUUGACUCCAAAAUGUUAAAUUUACAACUAAUGACACAAUAUACAUUAUCUGAGUGGACUUUUAAAACCACCAAGAGAAUUUUCUGAAGUGAAAACAUGAAAUGCACCAAAAUAGAAGUUUCGAAAUUUUCACAGUAAUAUGGAUCAACUGUAUGUGUGCUUCUUACAGGUUUAUAUUUCAAACAUAACUGUGGUUAUUUAUGAAUAUUUACAUUUGAUGUAUUAUUUUAAAAUCAGACUACUAUUCUACUAUUUUUUCUAAUUUUUCCUGUAGUCUUGAUUUUUUCCCCGCUUUUGGACAAUUUCCAAAUUACACUGAAUUGAAUCAUUCUUGAUUUUACCUCAACAGUGAUUAGCUACUUGUAAUUGUAGAUAUUGUAGAAUUAAAUCAGGUAGAUGGUAUUUAUACGUUUACUUUUUCUAUUGUUCCAGAGAAAACUUGUAUACAUACAUAUAUAUUCUGAUGCAAGUACAUGUAUAAACAUUUUCAUGUAACCUUGGUCUUAGUAGUGUUUUUUCAUUGCAGUCACCCAGUUUACACAGUUUGGUGUUGAUCUACAGUAACUCUGUUGUAAAGCUUUAUUUUAUGAGUCUGUAAUUUCCUUUUAGUUUCCAAGGAAGUUUUCUGUAAAAAAAAACAACAAUGUAAUUUAGUAGUUUUGCAAUAUUAAUUGAUGCACUUAAAAUCAGUUGGUACAAAUUAAUUGCGAGCGUAACCUGCAGCAGGUAAGCUGAACAGCUGAUGUGCAAGAGUGAAAUAAGUUUACAGGCAAGCAUACAAUUCAACAUAUAUGAAGAAUAAUGUGCAAUAAUACACAAAUAAUGAAUAAAUAUUUACUUGUAUUUAAAAUCCGUUUUUCUUUCAAAGAAACUCUGGACAUGAACAACUUAUUAUAAACUUAAUACAGCUAAAUAGUGACUGAAAUAUCAGAAUUUGUCUGUUUUUUCAUAUAAUUAGUGUGAGAUUAUAAAGUGCUUUUCAUUAAACUUUUCAGAGAAUGUUUAGGAUAUUACAGACCUUUGCUGAAUACAUAAAUAGUGCAGCAUUUACACAUCAGUCGACAUAUUUUUGGACAGAUUCCUCUGGUUUAAAUCUGCAGCCAUAAAGAAAUACUGCAUAACUGAAAUUGGUAAAAUAAAUCUUGGAAAAAAGAUAUCUUGGUAUCUUAAACACUAACUUGUAUUUUCAACAUUUAUUAUUUCACUAGGCUUCAUAUCUACCCAUAUAGAUUCACAGCAUCACCAUGGAAAUACAUUCAAUAAACUGCUACUUUUAGUCUCUAUAUGUACUUUUAACUAUUAUCUGAUGUUAUCUAUCAAUAACUCAUUCUAAAUAUACAGUAUAUGGUAUGUAGUAUAUACUAUAUAUUUUCAAUAUAGAUAAUCUUCCAG